AUGUCGAUUCACGAUUACGAGUUCGGGAGAGUGGCUGUGUUCCAGCUCUGUCCCGGGAAUGCCGGCAGGAACGCUCUUCCCAAGAGCAGCAAUGCAUUUCAACAGAGCGAUGUCACACAGAAGGGUUAUGAAAAGAAAAGGGCGAAGCUGCUGGCUCCCUACGUCCCUCAAACACGAGGGGUGGACCCCACUCUUCAGAGCGAACACAGGAAGCAGACGCCCGCCCCUUCAUCGGCCCCCGCUCCCUCGUCCUCCUCCAAAUACCACCGCGCUCGCUCCGGGGGGGCAAGGGAUGACCGCUACAGAUCUGAUAUUCACACAGAAGCUGUACAGGCCGCCUUGGCGAAACACAAAGAGAUGAAGAUGGCGCUGCCCAUGCCAACCAAGAGACGCUCUGUGUUCGUUCAUUCAGCACUCGAGGCCUGUACCCCUCCAGAUACCUCCUCUGCCUCGGAGGACGAAGGCUCCUUGCGGAGACAGGCAGCCCUGGCUGCUGCCCUGACCCAGAGCCUGCAGAACACGGAGUCCUGGAUCAACAAGACUGUGCAGGGCUCGUCCACCUCCUCCUCCGCCUCCUCCACGCUGUCCCACGGGGAGGGCAAGACCCCGCACAGCUCCCUGGCCGACAUCCUGGCCCAGGCUCGCAUAGAGAACUCCCCGGCCCCCCCUGACGUCACCUACCCCUCGUCCUCCUCCUCAGACAGGACGUCCCACAUCGACCUGCCCUCCUCCUCCGGGCUGGUCAAGGGCAUGACCCGGGACGCCAGCAAGUCCAGAAUCAUGGACACAGCGGACGGGGUCCCGGUCAACAGCCGCGUUUCCACGAAGAUCCAGCAGCUGCUGAACACGCUCAAGCGACCCAAGCGCCCCCCGCUCAAGGAGUUCUUCAUGGACGACUUCGAGGAGAUCGUGGAAGUUCCGCAGCCCGACCCGAACCAGCCCAAACCCGAAGGCAGACAGAUCGUCCCGGUCAAGGGGGAGCCCUUGGGAGUGGGCAGCAACUGGCCCCCGUCCCUGGAGGCCGCUCUGCAGCGCUGGGGGACCACGCAGGCCAAGUGCCCCUGCCUGACCGCUCUGGACGUCACGGGCAAAACGCUCUACACGCUGACCUACGGCAAGCUUUGGAGUCGAAGUCUGAAGCUGGCCUACACUCUACUGAACAAACUGGGGACCAAGAAUGAACCGGUGCUGAAACCAGGAGACAGGGUGGCCCUGGUGUACCCCAACAGCGACCCCGGCAUGUUCCUGGUUGCUUUCUACGGCUGUCUGCUGGCAGAGGUCAUCCCAGUGCCCAUAGAGGUGCCCCUGUCCAGAAAGGAUGCUGGCGGGCAGCAGAUCGGGUUUCUCCUGGGUUCCUGUGGGGUGGCCUUGGCGCUGACCAGCGAGGUUUGCCUCAAGGGGCUCCCCAAGACACAGAAUGGGGAGAUCGUGCAGUUCAAAGGCUGGCCUCGUCUGAAGUGGGUCGUGACGGACUCCAAAUAUCUAACCAAGCCCUCGAAGGACUGGCAACCUCACAUCGCAGACGCAAACACAGACCCGGCGUACAUCGAGUACAAGUCAAGCAAGGAGGGCAGUGUUAUGGGUGUGUCUGUGUCUCGGAUUGCAAUGCUGACCCACUGCCAAGCCCUAACCCAGGCCUCCAGCUACACUGAAGGAGAAACUUUAGUAAACGUUUUAGACUUCAAGAAAGACGUUGGGUUGUGGCACGGUGUGCUAAUGAGCAUAAUGAAUAAGCUGCACACUGUGAGCGUGCCCUACGCUGUGAUGAAGGCCUGCCCUCUGUCAUGGGUGCAGAGAGUCCACGCACACAAAGCUAAGGUGGCCCUGGUGAAGUGCCGGGACCUCCACUGGGCGAUGAUGGCCCACCGUGAGCAGAGAGACAUCCACCUGGGCUCGCUGCGCAUGCUGAUCGUAGCCGACGGAGCCAAUCCCUGGUCCGUGUCCUCCUGCGACGCAUUCCUCAACGUGUUCCAGAGUCACGGGCUCAAACCCGAGGUCAUCUGUCCGUGCGCCACCUCCCCCGAGGCCAUGACCGUGGCUAUACGCAGGCCCGGUGUUCCUGGGGCCCCCCUUCCUGCCAGGGCCAUCCUGUCCAUGAGUGGGCUGAGCUUCGGGGUGAUCCGGGUCAACACCGAGGACAAGAACUCUGCCCUGACCGUGCAGGACGUGGGUCACGUCAUGCCUGGAGCUCUCAUGUGCAUCGUGAAGCCCGAGGGCUCACCCCAGCUGUGCAAGACAGACGAGAUUGGGGAGAUCUGUGUGAGCUCCAGGGCUGGAGGGAUGAUGUACUACGGGCUGCCUGGAGUCACCAAGAACACCUUUGAGGUGAUCCCGCUGAACCCGGCCGGCGCUCCCAUCGGAGAGACCUCCUUCGUCCGAUCAGGGCUGCUGGGGUUCGUGGGUCCGGGCAGUCUGGUCUUCGUGGUCGGGAAGAUGGACGGCUUGCUGAUGGUCAGUGGCAGAAGACACAACGCCGACGAUAUCGUGGCCACGGCGCUGGCCGUGGAGCCGGUCAAGACAGUGUACAGGGGGAGGAUCGCGGUGUUCUCCGUGACGGUGUUUUACGACGAGCGGAUCGUGGUGGUGGCGGAGCAGCGGCCCGACGCCUCUGAAGAGGACAGCUUCCAGUGGAUGAGCCGCGUCCUUCAGGCCAUUGACAGUAUCCACCAGGUGGGUCUGUACUGCCUGGCUCUGGUCCCUGCGAACACUCUGCCCAAGACCCCUCUGGGGGGCAUCCACCUCUCCCAGAGCAAGCAGUACUUCCUGGAGGGGGGGCUGCACCCCUGCAACAUCCUCAUGUGCCCCCACACCUGCGUCACCAACCUACCCAAGCCUCGACAGAAACAGCCAGUGGGUGUGGGGCCGGCCUCGAUCAUGGUGGGGAACCUGGUGGCUGGGAAGAGGGUAGCCGAAGCGGCCGGGAGAGACCUGGGGCUGCUUGAGGACCAGGAAGCCAAGAAGUAUCUAUUUCUCUCAGAGGUUCUCCAGUCGAGGGCUCAAUCAGAACCAGAACACAUCCUCUUCAUGCUCCUCAAUGCAAAGGGCGUGGCGGUCAGCACUGCCUCCUGUCUGCAGCUCCACAAGCGGGCAGAACGCAUCGCGGCUGCACUCACUGAAAAGGGCAAUCUGAACACCGGGGACAACGUGGUGCUGCUCUACCCUCCAGGAAUCGAGUUGAUUGCUUCCUUCUACGGCUGUCUGUACGCUGGCUGCAUCCCCGUCACAGUGAGGCCCCCCCACCAGCAGAGCCUGAGCGCCACGCUGCCCACCGUCCGCAUGAUCAUUGACGUGAGCAAGGCAGCCUGCAUCCUCACCACGCAGAUCCUAAUGAAGACGCUGAAGUCCAAAGAGGCAGCGGCUGCCGUGGAUGUCAAGACGUGGCCCACGAUUAUCGACACGGACGACCUUCCCCGCAGACGACCCCCUCAGAUCUACAAGCCCCCCACCGCAGAGAUGCUGGCCUACCUGGACUUCAGCGUGUCCACCACGGGCAUGCUGACUGGGGUCAAGAUCUCUCACGCUGCGGUCAGUGCUCUGUGCCGCUCCAUCAAGCUGCAGUGUGAGCUCUACUCCACUCGACAGAUCGCAAUCUGCCUGGAUCCCUACUGCGGACUGGGCUUCGUGCUGUGGUGCCUGUGCAGUGUGUACUCUGGUCACCAGUCCAUCCUCAUCCCUCCCAUGGAGUUGGAGACUAACCUGUCCCUCUGGCUGUCGGCAGUCAGCCAGUACAAGAUCAGAGACACCUUCUGCUCCUACUCUGUGAUGGAGAUGUGCACCAAGGGGCUGGGCACACAGACCGAGGCACUCAAGGCCCGUGGUAUAAACUUGUCCUGUGUGCGUGGCUGCGUGGUGGUGGCGGAGGAGAGACCACGCAUCUUGCUCACGCAGUCCUUCUCCAAACUCUUCAAGGACCUCGGACUGUCCCCCCGAGCGGUCAGCACCUCCUUCGGGUCGAGGGUCAACCUGGCCAUCAGCUUACAGGGGACCACGGGGCCAGACCCCACGACGGUGUACGUGGACAUGAAAUCUCUGAGGCAUGACAGGGUUCGUUUGGUAGAAAAGGGAGCCCCACAAAGCCUUCCUCUCACUGAAUCUGGAAAGAUCCUGCCUGGGGUCAGGGUUGUUAUUGUGAACCCGGAGACAAAGGGGCCCCUGGGGGACUCCCACCUGGGAGAGGUGUGGGUGAACAGUCCGCAGUGUUCCAGCGGGUACUACACUAUCUAUGGGGAUGAGAACCUCCAGGCCGACCACUUCAACACCAAGCUGAGCUUCGGGGACACCCAGACGCUGUGGGCUCGCACCGGGUACCUGGGCUUCGUGAAGAGGACCGAGUUACUGGAUGCUAGCGGAGGUCGCCAUGACGCCCUGUACGUGGUGGGAGCGCUGGACGAGACACUGGAGCUGCGGGGGCUUCGCUACCAUCCCAUCGACAUCGAGACCUCCGUGUCCCGAGCACACAGGAGCAUCGCGGAGUGCGCCGUGUUCACGUGGACCAACCUGCUGGUGGUGGUGUCGGAGCUGUGUGGCUCGGAGCAGGAGGCUCUGGACCUGGUGCCGCUGGUCACAAACGUGGUCCUGGAGGAGCACCACCUCAUCGUGGGCGUGGUGGUGGUCGUGGAUCCUGGCGUGAUCCCCAUCAACUCGCGGGGGGAGAAGCAGCGCAUGCACCUGCGGGACAGCUUCCUGGCGGAUCAGCUGGAUCCCAUCUACGUGGCUUACAACAUGUAGAGCGAGGGAGGGAGGGGAGACCACGGGACCGAAGCACAAACGAGAACCUUCCAAAACUCAACGCUGAACCGGACAGGAAAGGACAUGUCGUGGGGCGGGGCAGGGGCCAAGGGGUUGGGGUCCACGUGGAUCCGUGGCUCGUGGUUCAUUGAGAUACUAACCUUAGAGGAUGUGUACAGUAAAAAUAAUCGCCUCUUAUUGUCUGCCAGAUCCCAACCCCACAAAAGGAUUUUGUGAUAUUCAAGCUACAGUGCAGUACAGUGCAAGGGAAUGGCCUGUGGCUUUUGAGAGUGGCUGUCUAUAGUAGAAAUCAGGAGAGUUGGAGUACUUUUUUUUUUGACCCACUGCAGUUGUCUCUUGGGCUAGUAUCGUGACCCCCCCCACCCCCUUGCCUCAUUGAACCCGAGUCUUAACGUUUCCCACGCAGGGGAUUGAUCGUUUUGCCCGCCGCUGUGACACUGCCCCCUGCUGGUCCUGCUCGGAGGUAAACUGACUGACUGGCAUUGCAGAGGCUGCGAGGUCUGAGGCACAGCAAGGUGGUCGACGCUUUCAAACAGCUUUUAUUGUGUUUUUAAUUUUUGUUUUAAUCUACCGACGCUUGAGAGCUGCAGCGUUGAGUUUUGGAAUUGCAUACGCGUGGACUAAUUUAAAAAAAACAAACAAACUGAAAUGCAAUUUUAAUUUUAUUUUCAUUAUUAUUAUUUUGUGUGUGUUUCGUGUAUGCAUAUAACACAUAUAUAUAACAGUAUAUUGGUGCAAAACAACAAAAUAUACUCAAGUCAUUUCAAGACAGCGGGACAACUUGUUGCCUUAUAUCCUGUGGGAAUUUUUAAUUAAUUAUUAUUAUUGUUAUUUUACAUGAUUGCUUUUACUUGACUCCAGAUUUUAAUAUUCCAACCAGGGUUCCAAUUCCAAUUCCAAUUCCAGUUCCAAUUCCAGUUCCAAUUCCAGUUCCAAUUCCAGUUCCAAUUCCAGUAAUUGAUCUUUUUAGAGACUGCUUUCAUUUGAAGCCAGUUUAAUUGACUAACAAACAGAGACUUCGAUUGAAGUCUGUGAGAAGCUCAUUUUAACAGAAUGCCACUCAUUGAUCAAGGAUGUGCUGGAAUUGAUUAAAAGGGAAUGAGAACUGGAAUUGAUUUAUUAAAAAGGAAUUUAAAACCAGGAAUUGACUCCCACCUUAAUUCCAUCACCACUGGUACCCGACAUUCGUUUUCGAGUCCCUAUAAUUUAAGUCCAGACCCGAUCCCUUGUAUGUUGUUUAGAGAUAAUAAUAGAUAGAAAUAUAUUAUAACGUUAUUUUAUAGAGAUAAAUGUACAGUUUUAAAAAGAAAAUAAAGUUGUCUGAGAGAGGUUUGUACGCUGUGGAUCUGUGAAAUAUUUUAUUUGAAGACGCUCCGACCAGGUUUGUGGGACGCUUUUCAAAUUCUGUGUGCUGCACGAAAGUCAAAAAAAACUACGCCAACAAGACAAAGACGUGAUCAAACUCUUCUCAUAGCUCUGCAACGCUGCCAGCAUUUGUGGAAAACACACACACACACACACACACACACACACACACAAAGUUAGUCUUUUAAUCCAGGACUAGGGGACGUGUUGGAGAGAAAAACUGAAUCCACAAUGCUUUUUAUUUAUUAGCAACAAAGGCAUCUGUUUUUGAAACCAGCCUCUUUGGUGGGGGGUAGGCUGUUUUAACACUGUUGUCCGUUUCCACCAGCAAUGUGAAACCAGCCUGUCAAAGCAACAGCAACUGGGGUCAGUUCUGCUGCUGGAGGAAACAAAGCAGGACCCCCGAUUCUCAGCUCGCUUUCAAGACCAGUCUGGCUGGCAAAUGGAAACGCAGCUCAUGCAAACCGAACCCGGAUCACUUAGGCUGUGAACAUUUUCACAGACAGCAGCUCGUUUUUUCACCAGUAAUUGCAGCGCCUUGCGUACAGCUGGGUUGUUGGUCAUAGUUGUAAUUGAUUCAGUGUUUUUCAUGGUUUUCUUACGAAGCCAGCGUUUUGGUUUAUUAACUGCUUUCGUUUCUAUACAUUUUCACCAUGCGUUCCCAGCAAUGCAGUUUUGUAAUCCGAGUCGGCAAGGUUUAUUUUCAGCUAAUUCCCCACUGGAUAAAUACAGGGUGCUUCUUUCUAAACUAUUCGAUAUCGAUGUGAUUCAAUCAUUACACACUUUUUUUGUUUUUUGUCGCAUAUGGAAUCAUGCUGUGCAAUACAACACAAUAUACUGUGAUGAAACCCACAUGGCUUUAGGAUGUGUAUAGCAAUAUAUAUGAAGCUACUGAGUGAGACUGGGAACCCAAAAGAACACUAUAUAUUGUGUGCCAAUAUGUUAUAUAUAUAUAAAAAUUGAAAGCCCAUGCAAUCCAUGCCAACAUUGCUUUGAAAGUCUUAAGCAAGUCUACAAUUCUUGCAAUCUUGUUUGGUGAUUGUUGUUAUUGUUUUAUUAAUAAUAAUAAUAAUAAUAAUAAUAAUAAUAAUAAUAAUGCAGUGAUGGGUAUGCAGAGCACUAACAGUUUAAAUAUGAAUGUGUAAUAAUAAUAAUAAUAAUGAUAAUAAAGGAUUUUAGAUAUU